AUGCUGGACAACUGCGCUUUCGAGUCAAGCGCAUAUCAGAUCGCAGAGAAUCUCCAGUGGUCUUUUGACAGCAGUACGGAUUCAAAUGACCUGCUCAUACAACCGACAUUAGAGGAUUACAAGAGGAUCUUGGUGCAUGAGAAGUGGCUGGAUGCCCAAGAAUAUCAAUUCGAUAAUCAUGAGGAGGCCUGCGUGAACCUGGGUUUUGUUGAUCAGGCGAACCCCCGAAUGAAGGGCAUGCAGAGCGGGCAAGAGCUAAAAUUUUGGCAGCCGGUCUGUAUAAAUUGUGUGGCCGAAAUGAUUCUCUGCAGCCGUGAAUUUCGAAGCAAGCAUAUUCUCGCUAAGGAGAAUGAUGUUACCCCAUCUCCUAUCGGCUGA